CUGCCCACCACGUACCUCUAGCCACUGGUCUCUUCCCGUUCCUCACACCGAGAUGUCGUUUGGUUAUGGCCCCUCUCAUGCUCAUAUUAUAGCCGCAUGUAUAGCGUCUGAAUUCGCCGAGGUCCUUACUGAAGAAGAACAGAAGAACGGUGUCAUUCCAUGUAGUAUAGCUCGCGUCGAUCACCGCCUCCUUCAAGCCCAGGAUCUACGUGACUCCCAGCCCUGCCCCAUCAACAGGCUUCCAAACGAACUGAUUCUGGCCAUAUUCAAGGCCGGUAACACUCUCGAAGAACAGUGGAAGAACGCUCUGUCUCCUCCUGUGCGCUUCAGUCAUGUCUGCCGACUGUGGCGCGCCAUCUCGCUCGACUCCGCCGGGCUCUGGACCAGAAUAUGCAUGACGGCACGCAAGGAUAUGUCAGUCAGCGUCACGCACGGCAUGCGGUCAAAGAGUCUUCCCUUGGAGGUUCAUCUUGACUGUACCAGGGAAGAGCUCACGCCCAACCAGGCUGCGCUUCUCAUCAACGUUUCGCCACGCAUAAUUGAAGUCACAAUGGAGGCGUGUGAUAUCAUCUUCGUCCACCGUAUGCAGCGAUAUAUGGAGACCGCGCCUUGUCUGCGCAGGUUCGAGUACCGCGUCCCAGAGAGCUCUCCCUCGGCACAUCAGUGGCUUGCUCACAACUCAACCUAUCGAGCGGCCAUUCUACCCACUCUUCAGUGCCUGAAGGCGGACUUCACAUGCUGGCGCUGCCUCCCCUCGAUGGACGGCUUGGUUCAUCUCUCCCUCGCGAAUCUCUCUCUUGACGGUGGCCUGUUGAACAUCGUCACACGCAAAUGUCCCAACCUAAUCACACUCGCUCUCCCUCGCUUAGGACCUGCUACGAUGACGCAUAGCUCGGAAGACCUCAAGCUCGUACGGUUGCCAUCUCUGAAGAAGUUAGCAUUCGGCUUCAAGGGGAUGCCGCCCCCUCAGGACCUAGCAAAUAUUCAACUGUACUUGCCCAGCCUGGAAUACCUCGAAAUCUUCGGCGACUUCAUCAGCCAUCCAAAGAUUCUCGACAUGUUCUCGAUUCCGGACGGUUGCAACACACUCUUCCCGCGACUGGAGACGGUCCACUUGCAGAACACGACCGAAAGCAUGGACGAGCAUGUGCCGCCUUUCUUGCAGUCCAUCGCCAGCCUCCGCCAUCUCGUCCUGACAGAUCGUUAUGGUCGUGUUGAUACCAUUGUGAAGUGCCUCGACAAGCUGCAGAGCCUUCAUAUCAACUACACUCUCGCUCAUGGGCAACUGUCUGCUCGCGGGCUCGCCUCGCACAUACGCCAGGAUCAACCCUUCCUCGGCUUGGAAGAACUGUGCGACAAGGUUCACGUCCGCGCUACGGAGCAUUCGGCCAUAGCACAGGUACCUGGGAUGCUUCCAUUACCUCCCGGCGAGUUUAAGUUGCUCACGCGAGAGGACAUGAAGGCGCCAUGCGAAACAGUGGAAGGCUGA